UCACCCCUGUUUUCCUCCCCCAGCCCAAGCCCUUGGCUGACAGCACAUCCCAGCCCCACCGAGGGGCCGCCCCGCCACCACCAUGGGCAAGAAAAGCAAACUGGGCAAGAGCCGGCGGGACAAGUUCUACCACCUGGCCAAGGAGACGGGCUUCCGUUCCCGCUCCUCCUUCAARCUGCUGCAGCUCAAUCGGAAAUUCCAGUUCCUGCAGAAAGCCAGAGCUCUGCUGGACCUGUGUGCGGCCCCCGGUGGCUGGCUUCAGGUGGCUUCCAAGUUCAUGCCRGUGUCCAGCCUGAUCAUUGGGGUGGAUUUGGUGCCCAUCAAGCCCAUUCCCAACGUGGUGACGCUGCAGGAGGACAUCACCACCGAGAAGUGCCGCCAGGCCCUGCGCAAGGAGCUGCAGACAUGGAAGGUGGAUGUGGUGCUGAACGAUGGAGCACCCAACGUGGGAGCCAGCUGGGUGCACGACGCCUACUCGCAGGCCACGCUGACCCUCAUGGCACUGAAGCUGGCCUGUGAGUUCCUGUGCAAGGGUGGCUGGUUCAUCACCAAGGUKUUCCGUUCCCGGGACUACCAGCCCCUGCUGUGGAUCUUCCAGCAGUUCUUCCAGAAGGUCCAGGCCACCAAGCCCCAGGCUUCCCGCAACGAGUCUGCYGAGAUCUUCGUGGUGUGCCAGGGUUAUCAAGCUCCAGACAAAAUUGACAGCAAGUUCUUUGACCCCAAAUACGCCUUCAAGGACGUGGAGGUCCCCACCAAGUCYGUCAGCGAGCUGGUCAGCAAAAAGAAGCCCAAGGCUGAAGGCUACGCCGAGGGUGACACCACCCUGUACCACCGCUUCACCCUCAUGGACUUCCUCAAGGCCCCCAACCCUGUGGACUUCCUCUCUAAGGCCAACGAGAUCACGCUGGGGGAUGGUGAGCUGGAGAACCACAGCUCCACCACAGAGGAGCUGCGCCAGUGCUGCAGGGACAUCCGAGUGCUGGGUCGCAAGGAGCUCAGGGCCCUGCUGAACUGGAGGACCAAGCUGCGGCGGUUCCUGGCCAAGAAGCUGAAGGAGCAGGCGAAGGAGCUGGAUAUCAAGCCUGGCCCAGGGCUGACUCUCUGUCCCCUCUCCCAGGAUGCCUUCGCUGGCAUUGAGGAUGAUGCAGAUGAGGAGCUGGAGCUGGGGCAGGCACAGGUGCUGGCAGARAGGCAGCGCGAGGCUCAGAGAGAUAAAAUAACAAAGAAGGGGCAGAAGAAGAAGAAGAAGGAGGAGGAGGAGGAGGAGGAGGAGGGCCAGGAGGAGGAGGGCCAGGAGGAGGCUCCAGCCGAGGCCCCCGCUGCAGCAGCCACAGCCCCCACUGCCGAUGAGGCCCGGGAGGAGCAGAGCAGUGACGAUGACAGCAGCAGUGAGGAUGAGAGGCCCCUGGCAGCGGUGGGGAGGAAGCAGGGCCGUGUGGAGCCCUGUGGCUUCGAGGUGGUGCCCAUUGAAAAACCGGUGAAAAGGGCCCUGGACGCAGAGGGCCUGGCCCUGGGCUCAGUCAUCGCCACCUCCAAGAAGGCCCGGCGCGACCUCAUCGACGACUCCUUCAACCGGUACUCAUACAACGAGGAGGAGGGGGAGCUGCCCGAGUGGUUCACGGAGGAGGAGCGGCAGCACCGGCGCCGGCAGCUGCCCGUGGACAAGCAGACGGUGGAGGCGUAUCGGCAGCGCUGGCGUGAGAUCAACGCCCGCCCCAUCAAGAAGGUGGCGGAGGCCAAGGCCCGCAAGAAGAGGAGGAUGCUGAAGAAGCUGGAGCAGAUGAAAAAGAAGGCUGAGGCCGUGGUGAGCACCGUGGACAUCUCGGAGCGUGAGAAGGUGGCCCAGCUGCGCCGCAUCUACAAGAAGGCCGGGCUGGCCAAGGAGAAGCGCCAGGUCACCUACCUAGUGGCCAAGAAGGGCGUGGGACCCCGGGUGCGCCGCCCGCCCGGUGUCAAGGGCCAGUUCAAAGUGGUCGACAGCCGCCUCAAGAAGGAUGUGAGGGCUCAGAAGCGCAAGGAGCAGAAGAAAAAGCGCCACAAGUGAGGUGGGAGUGGCUCCAUCCCCAGCCAGGGACUCUGCUUGGGGCACAGGGCUGGCUCCUGUCCCCCAGUGCCACCUCAGGACCACACCUUGCUCAGUCYGUGCCUUGCUGCGACAGCGCCUCGUGCCCUCCUCUGGGGCAGGGAGAGGUCAGUUGGCUCCUGCUC